AUGCAGUUUGCGGAUGCGAGGUAUCCGCAUAUGUUUGCCGUGGGGGAUAUUGCCGACUCGGGCGCCCACAAGGCGGCGAAGCCGGGUAUGGCGCAGGCCGCGGUGGCGGCGCGGAAUAUCGCGAGCAUGGUGGCUGGGCGGGAGGCGACUGAAGAGAUGAGUUUGUCCCCAGCGGGGAUCCAUCUGACGUUGGGAUUGACACGCAACGUCAUCUUCCGCAAUCCCAACAUUGCCGCGGGGGACACUGAGCCGUAUAUUGAGCUUAAAGACGACGGCCGCGAGGAUAUGAACAUCGAAAGGGUGUGGACCAUCCGCGGCAUCACAGUCAAAAGCCCACAAGAUUACCACCUAUGA